CCUGCAAAUGGAACCUGAAAUUUUUGCUUCGUUGUUGCUUUUCUUAUUGGCAACUUUAGCAUGGUUCAUAGCCACCACACUAUCCAAAUUUUCCGCUACCAUUAUUCCCAAACCGUACCCUGUCAUCGGCUCAGUGUUCUCUGUCGCCGCAAACAGCCACCGCCGUAUCCACUGGAUCUCCGACAUCCUCCGCGCUUCGCCGUCCUCGACCUUCGUCCUCCACCGCGCCUUCGGCUCCCGCCAAGUCUUCACUGCCAACCCCGCCGUGGUCCACCACAUUCUCAAGAACAACUUCCCCGUUUAUAACAAGGGCAAAACCUUGAACCGUGCCCUCGGCGAUUUCCUCGGCAACGGAAUCUUCAACUCCGACGGCACACACUGGAAGUUGCAACGACAAAUCUCCAGCCAAGAAUUCAACACCCGCUGCCUCCGGAAAUUCGUGGAAACCGCCGUGGAAGGCGAACUCUCGGAUCGCCUCCUCCCUCUCCUCUCGGAAGUCUCCAUGAAGCAAACCACCAUCCCCGAUUUCCAAGACAUCCUCCAACGCUUCACCUUCGACAACAUCUGCAAAAUCGCGUUCGGCUUCGAUCCCGAGUACCUCCACCCUUCCCUCCCGGAAACCCCCUUCGCGAAGGCCUUCGAUGACGGCACAAGAAUCAGCAGCGAGAGGUUCAACGCAGCGUUCCCUUUGUUAUGGAAAACAAAGAAUCUCUUGAGCGUAGGGUCGGAGAAGCGUCUGAAAGAAGCGAUCUCAGAAGUGAGGGGGUUAGCGAGGAGAAUAAUAAGAAAGAAGAAGGAAGAACUUGGAGAAAAGAAUAGUCUAGAAUCGGUGGAUCUGUUAUCGAGGUUUUUGAGUUCAGGCUAUUCGGAUGAAGAGUUUGUUACGGAUAUCAUUAUUAGUUUCAUUCUGGCGGGUAGAGACACAACUUCGGCAGCACUCACGUGGUUCUUCUGGCUUCUCUCUAACUACCCGCACGUGGAGAACGAGGUUGUUAAGGAGGUUGGGGAGAAAUCAGAGGCGUUGGUGUAUCAUGAAGUGAAGGACAUGGUUUACACGCACGCUGCGUUGUGUGAGAGCAUGAGGCUGUACCCGCCCGUGCCAGUUGACACGAAGGAGGCUGCAAACGACGACGUUUUGCCGGAUGGGACUUUUGUGAAGAAAGGGUGGAGGGUGGCGUAUCAUAUUUACGCUAUGGGAAGGUCGGAGAGGAUAUGGGGCUCCGAUUGGGCCGAGUUUCGGCCCGAGAGGUGGUUGAGUUGGGAGGAAGGGAAGUGGAGGUUGGUGGGGAUGGACCCUUUUGCUUAUCCAGUGUUCCAGGCCGGGCCCAGGGUGUGUUUGGGGAGGGAAAUGGCGUUUCUGCAGAUGAAGAGAGUCGUCGCCGGAAUUAUGAAGCGGUUCAGGGUGGUUUCGGCGCUCGAUAAGGGGGUGGAGCCGGAGUACACCGCUCACCUCACCUCUUUCAUGAAAGGUGGCUUCCCCGUCAGGAUUGAGAACCGCACCACCGCUUGA